GAUCCCGUUCGCGGAACUUUUCGUACAGUUACAAUAAUAUAGCAUUGUGCUCGUACCGCAAUGGACCCACAAACCCUCUCAACCCUCAACCUCCGUGUCCUCUCCCGCUACGACCCCCACAUAACGCACAUCAUCGACGUCGCAUCCUACGUCGUCCUCUACGACUUCUCCCUCGAAACUCAGUCAUGGACAAAGAAAGGCGUAGAAGGAACUCUCUUUAUCUACCACCGCAACGAACCCCCACACCACGCAUUCAUCGUCCUCAACCGAAAUACGACACAGAAUUUCGGCGGGGUGCUGGCUAGCCCAGAUGAUCUACAAGUAACGCCAGAAUACAUCAUUCACCGCGCCGACGCGGAGGAGGGACCAGAAGGCGAAGAAGCGGAGGACACAAUCACCGGAAUCUGGAUUUUCGAGCCUGGUCAUCGCGCACGGAUCGCGGAGCAGAUGAGUAAGUUGUCGAGGUUGGGGACGACGGGGCCUGAGAGAGGGAAGACGAUUGAUGUGGGGAGUUUGUUUGCAAGUGUGGGUGGGGCGGGGACGACAGCAGGGAGUACGAAUGCUGGGAUUGUGCCGCCGGUGGAGUUGCAUCCAACGGCGAGGGCCGAGCCUGGAGGGGAUCGGGUUACGGCGAUGUUGAGGGGUGCUGCGAGAUGACGAUGGUUACGCUCGGCUGAACAGACGGGUGACAAUGAUGCUCACGCGAAUUGGAGGCAUUGACGGUUCUGCAGCAGGGCGGAAGAGAGAUGCCUGGCACAAGUGAGAGAACAGGUGAUGUCAAGCGAGAUGGGCGUCAGAAGCAUGUGGCGAUAUGUUAUCCCAAUAUACCCGAAGC